CGGAGCGGCGCCCGGACCGGGAGGAUCGCACGGGUAGCGACGCCAGCUUUGUGUUCCUCCCUUCGUGGCUCACCUGGCCGUCCACGCCCGCAGCAGCGCCCGCACCCUGGAUUCUGUGAAUCAGGUAUUUACUCAGUGCCAAAACUAGAGGCUAAAGACAUGCAUGGGCUUUAAAUGCCCAUAUCUAUAUUUGGCUUGAGUGAAAAUAGACCAAAGAACUGUGAUUAAUCAUCACUUUGAUGAAUGUAUGUUUUGUGGAGUACCGGAGACAGUCGUAUUGUGUCGUACAAAAGCGUAAUAUUAUGAGCUCCUUGACGUAAAGUAGCGAAAUACGGCUCAGUGACGCCGGCCACAGAUGGAGGAAGGGAUGCAGACCACCAUCAGGAGAGACUGUGGGGAGGAGAGCACCGGCCAAGACGGGCUCCUGGACCAGGCACCUGGUGCUCCUCAGACAGAUUACAGCAACACGGCCGUCACUGAACGCUGCACUGAGCCCCCCACACAUGUCGAUUUCGGCGAAUCCGAGGAGAGCACCCCGCAAUUCCAACCUUUGAUCCAACGCCCCUUCGAAAGUGAUGUUACUUUGAUUGAGACAAACAACAGCAAUGAUGAUAACAAUAAUAACAACAACAGCAGUAGCACCAAUGUUCCUGGCAACAUCAGAGGCCCUGAUCCUUCCUCCCAGACCCAGGUGAAGGCAGCAGGAAGCGAAGAAAGCGCGAGCGAUGAAGCGCGUGACCCAGCUUCUCACCCGACACUUGCAGACGAAGGGGCGACGGAUCUCAUGGCCUCGAUUUGCCGGGUUCUUCCGGAAUUACACAACAUCAAUGGGAUGCGGGCCAUCGACUCCGAUGUGCUGGUCAACGAGGCUGUGAAUCAAGAGAUGGUGUUCGGCACUCUGUGUGACCUCUCAAGCUCAAGUGCCAGCCUACCCCCAAAGGACCCCACGUGUUGUGAUGCUGGUAAUCACGACACGGGUGAUCGAAAGGUAGAGGAGCCACCUUCGCAGGAAUCUUGCCCUCUGGCUAAGGGCGACCAAGUCUCAGACGAAAACCCGUCGACUCCGAGUCCAAAGCAGUCCUUGGCAGAAGGAGCGGAGUCGCAUGAAAUAGCGGAAGCCCCAGACGGCCCUGAUCCAGUCCUGGAGGGAAAGGAAGGGCAGAUACAAAGUGGAAACAUGCCACAGGAUGAAAUUGAUGCAGAUAAUAGCUUAAUCGUUGUGCCAAAGAUCGAUGGUGUGGAAGGAGGAGGCGUCUGUGACCGGGUAAUGGCUGCGGCGGAGGAGGAGACGAAAGCCGCGAAGAGCGAUGACGAGUACAAAGCCGAGGCGACAGCGCAAGAGGCCUCUGCCGACGCGGAGUGUCGACAGGGAGGCCAUGAAACAAAGUCAAGUACGGAUAUGCUAAUGGAACUGGACAAAGGACGGGAAGCCCAUGAUGGCACCGGUGCGUCAUGCGAGGUCCGUAGCCAUGACGAAAUGCAAGCCGAUGGUCAGACGGAGGACGGAUGUGGUGGCAGCAGCACCGCGGUCGGUGAUGCCGUGUGCAAAGAAAGCGAGGGAAAUGAAGGAGUGAACGCUGUGGCGGCAGUCGAGCGGGCCGACGACGAACCACACUACGCGACAGUGAAGAAGCCAAUGCCAGUGCUCAUGCCCGUGCCCGAGGCUUGCGUUGAACCAGACGCAGAUGUGCAGUGUUGCAGAGCCCUCGGGGAAGCGGGUGGCGAGGGUUGUAGUGGUGCCAAAGAGGUCGUGAAGACCGUUGACGACCAACCCUAUCAGCGUGUGUGUGAGGAGACGCUGAGUGCAGAGGAGAUAGGUAGGCCGCCCUCUUCGGAGUGCCCCGGUGGCGAGGGUAGGGAGACUGGCGGCGCCCUUGGCACUGACCGCUUGCCAGUCCCCGAACCAAUCUACGAAAGCAUCGAAGAUAGAAAUGAAAAAAACGGCCAAGAUUGUGACUCACGGUCGAGCAGGUCGAGCAGAUCAAGCCGGUCGAGCACCCUGAGCGGACCCUGGUGUGAGGACCGCAUCUACGAGGACAUUUCGGACUUAGGGAGCGGCGGCGGCGGCGGCGGAAGCGUCGGGGGCGGCAGUGGCGGCGGUGGUGGCGGUAGUAGCGGUGGCGGGGGGAGCGAGGAGACGUGGGUGUCCCGACGCCUCCACGUGCACCGGCAGUUGUCGUCUUCGGAUUCCUGGGGCUCCGAGGACUUCGAGUCUUACUCCAGCAACGAGGAGGACAACGGUACAGGCUCAGUCAAAAACCAGGCGCCAAACCUGGAGAACUUCAAACAACGUUUAUUACGUAAGAGAGAACAGUGGAGGGAGAGGCGGCAAUCAAGUAAAACCUUGAAAGAUGCCAUACGAAAGGACUCAAAGGAAGAUCAACCAAAGGAAUCAGCCAAACUUGUGGAGGACAAUCCUCCCUCCACACCAGACAACAAACUAUACAGAUGGUUUUCCUUACGCAAAAGUGUUAACUAUGAUGUUGAACGACGGAGCAGCACCAUUGCCAAUACUGAGCGCACCAGUUCAUAUACCACCACGAGCAAUGGUACCAGCACAGUCACUAACCACAGAAUGCCACAGUUGCUUGAGGAAGGGGACACAGAGCAUGGGGGGCUCUUCUCUGAAAAUGGUGGGGUGUUUGCCCACACCUUUCAGCGCCGGCACCAACCUCCAGCGCUACCUCCCAUGCCACAGGGCCUCAGUCCGGAGCAGAUCAAAAGGCGACAUAUUGUUGCUUCAAUAGUUCACAGUGAAAAUAACUAUGUAGCAACUCUUCAAAGACUAGUCAAUGACUACAAAAAACCUUUGGAUGAUUCCAAACCUCCUAUUCUCAAUGCAGCCAAACUUUCCACCCUCUUCCAUCGAGUAUCAGAGAUUCUUCAGUGCCACACCUUAUUCCGAAUUGCUCUCGCAGAGUCAGUGCGACAAUGGGACAGAGAGGAGAAGAUUGGAGAUGUGUUUGUUGCUUCUUUCUCCAAGGCUAUAGUUUUGGAUAUCUACAGCGACUUUAUUAACAACUUUACACGUGCCAUGGAAGUUGCAAAGCAAGAAUCGAAAAAGAAAACUGCUUUUGCUGAUUUUCUGAAGAUGCGUCAGAUCACCUCGCCUGAUCGACUGUCAUUCUUUGGGCUCAUGGUAAAACCAGUGCAGCGUUUUCCCCAGUUCAUUCUUUUCCUCCAGGACCUACUGAAGCACACUCCUCAAGGGCACCAUGAUCGCAUGUCCCUUCAGUUAGCAUUGACCCAGUUGGAGUCACUGGCAGAGAUGCUCAAUGAGAGGAAACGUGAAGCUGAGCAGUAUCAGGCCUUCCGAGAUACACUGAAACACAUCAAUACCAAAUUUGCACUGCGGGGAAUUCAGGAGGGUAACCGCUACUUGCUACGUCAAGAUGAUGUUUUGCAAUUGGAAUUCAACCAGAAUGGAUUGAUAAGCAAGAGUAAGGGGCGUCGACUAUUCCUUACCAAUGAUCUGAUCAUGUGUGUGACUGUUGUACCAAAGACAAAUGAGGACUAUGGACAGCAGAAUGAACGUCUCUCUCUAAAAUGGGCUUUUCCAGUCACAGAUGUUGAGAUCCAAGACACAAGCUCUUCACCAACUCUGAGUCGAUUAUUGGCAUCUGGAGUCAACAAAACGGGAUCCAUCAACUCGGCACGCAUUCCUGAAGAGACUAUGGGCUCAAAUGUAGAUAAUCUUUGCCAGGAAAUGAAUGACCUGAUGCAUGAUUAUGAAAUUGUGUCUCGAAUCUCAUCUCUUAUAACAUCCUUGAGAGGAACCUAUGAGGUGUAUGUAGGACUUUGUAAUGGGUGUGUGCAAGUUUACCGCCGAGGUGCUGAUGGAGCAUGGCAACUGCGAGAACCUCUUAACAUUUUCCUAGGAACUCAAGGGGUGACUGCUCUCCUGCCCAUAAACACACAUGUAUAUGCUGCUUGUGGGGACCAUGUUCAUGUAAUAGACUGCUUCACAGCUGAAGUUACUAAAAAGUUCUCGGUCCAUCAUGAAGGUGCUGGUGGUGUACAGCUAAUGGCUCAUUCUGGAAUUGGACUAUGGAUUGCUCAGAAGAAAACUGCGACCAUCUGCCUUUACCAUACUGAAACUUUCAGACACUUGCAGGACAUCAAUGUAGCUUCCAAUGUUUGUCGAGUUUUGGGUGACAAAGGUCCAGCACCUUCAACCAUUACAGUCACUGCUUUGCUGGCAUCACGAGGUCUUCUGUGGGUUGGCACCAAUGUUGGUGUAGCUCUCACUAUUCCUUUGCCACGAUUAGAAGGUGUGCCAAUCAUAAGCGGUCGUGCAAAUAUCAGUUAUCAUGCUCACCGAGGCCCCAUUACUUUCCUCUUAACGCUUCAACCUCAUGCAAGACCACAGGCUACAUUACCUGAGUUGCGACCUGGUUCUCGUCCAUCAUUGCAGGACAGCCAUAGCCAGUCACAACAAGAAAGUUCAAGGAUUCAAUCUUCCACUGAUGAUACACGAAGUUAUGUAAGCACACCAACUCCAACCUCAAGACUAGAGAAGCAGCAGAGUGAUGGGAGCCUCAUUCCAUCAAGGCGUGUACCCCCAAGGUUACGACAGCAACUUAGCAGUCCUGUCAUUCUGAGGCGUAAACCCCGAGAUGCACAUCAGCAGCAUGUGCGACGCCUUUCCAAGACCUUGCCCAGAGGUUUGGGGCUCGGAACACUUGCAGGUAGUCAGGAAUGUGAUGUUUAUGGUCUCUAUGGAGACUUGCUAAAUGUCCAUGAAUAUGAAGAUGAACCAAUGGUAAUUGGGGAAGGUCUCUUGCUUUCUCGUUAUGAUUCAUUACGCCGUAGUGACCCAGAAUUGGCAGUACCUGCACAAGUCAGUACUCUUGAUCGUCGAGUGAGGUUGAAGGCCUCACGCCCACGUUCCUUGGACCUCUCAACUUGGUCAGUAGACUCAAGAGCAUCAUCAGCUUGCACAACAUCUUCAGGCUCUGAAGAUGGCAGUGGGGGCAUGAACAGUAUCCUGACAGCAACUUCUUCCACAACUCCAUGUGACUCAGGAACUCAUGCAUCAAAUGUUGGCACAAAUAGCAGAUCAGCCACAACUGGCCGUCGAAAAGAAGGGGACCCAUCUCGAACACUGAUGACCUUAAUGGGUGGGCGAGGGUAUGUUAAUCUGAGGCAUGUGUUUGAGGGCCAACAAAGCUCCCAUGCUAAUGACCGUGAUGCACAUGUUGUGGUGUGGGAGAUGAAGCUUUAAUUAUCUUUCUUGCCUGACUUCCUUUAACUUAUUUAUCUGACUUUCUGUUACUUUUACAAACCCUGUGCAAUUGUGAUAUGUUAAAGUUUUGUGUCCAUACUUAGAAUGGUAUCCUCUGUGUUACUAUAUAGGCAUUUGAAUUGUCUAGUUGAAGUGAUUGAUGUUCAGCUUCCAUCACAACAAAACUUGAUGUUGUCUUUGUAUUUAGUGUCAUAUAACGCUUAUGUCGAGGCUGCUUUAUAAGAAAAGAAAAAUAUCUAUAUACUGUAAAACUAUAUCCCAACUGUUCAAGUGUAAAUAUCAGAUGAACUGCUAUUUUAAAUACAUUAUUUUGGUCAAUAUUGCAGACCUUGCCAAUCUGCUCCGAAAGUAUUGUCUAAGUCUAUGUAAUAAAGAAACAUUAUUUUGCUGAA